AUGGAUGCUGGUGAUUUUAUUUUUGCUAUGUUCAUAGGUCAGAGGUGUUGUUUUGUGUUGGAACUCACCUUAUUCCACACCCCAACAAGAGUCCUAACUAUUGGUCAUUUUAUGAAGGUUGACAAAGGUGGGGAAGAUGCCUUCUUUGUGAGCAGCUAUAGUGGAGGAGUUAUUGCUGUUGCAGAUGGUGUUUCUGGGUGGGCUGAACAAAAUGUGAAUCCUGCAUUAUUCUCUCAAGAACUGAUCUCUAAUGCUUCACACUUAGUUGGAGAUGAGGAGGUUAACUAUGAUCCUCGCAUUCUUAUACGGAAAGCACAUGCUGCUACCUCUUCCACAGGUUCAGCUACUGUAAUUGUUGCCAUGCUGGAGAGGAAUGGAAUUUUGAAGAUUGCCAAUGUUGGGGAUUGUGGACUACGGGUUGUUCGCAAAGGUCAAAUAAUAUUUUCCUCGACUCCACAAGAACAUUAUUUUGACUGUCCCUACCAGCUGAGCUCAGAGGUGGUUGGUCAAACAUACCUAGAUGCUAAGGUUAGCAGCGUGGAAUUGAUGGAAGGAGACACCAUUAUAAUGGGCUCAGAUGGGCUUUUCGAUAACGUUUUCGACCAUGAAGUUGUUUCAACAGUGGCCAGAUACAAUAAUGUUUCUAAUGCUGCAAAGGCAUUAGCUAAUUUGGCUCAUAACCAUUCAAUUGAUUCCAACUUUGAUUCCCCCUAUUCACUGGAGGCCAGAGCCCAGGGUUAUGACGUUCCAUGGUGGAAGAAAAUUCUAGGUGGAAAGCUAGACGAUAUUACAGUGAUUGUUGGGCAGGUGAUAAGUUCAUAAAAUAUUUAUACCUUUUGGAUUAUGGCCAUUGUGACACAGUUGAGAAAUCUUUUGCUGGGCAGCUGCCAAAAUUUUUUUUCUUUAAAAUUCAGUGUACUAUAAACAAUGUGUUAAGAGGCAAUGUCUUCAGGUACCAGACUCAAUAGCAAUGUGUUCCUGAAGGGCCACUUUUGUGCUUUGCUGAGCGACCCAAUGUACUUUUCAUCUGAUGGACAAAAUGCUGCUGAAAGUUGAUGUGAAUUAUUCUUU